AAUUUAUUCGUUUUACCUUUGAACAUCAUUCAAUGAGCGGUCUGUGACCAUAAAAGAUGACAUUAUCUGAUUAAUUCCAAAUUAUCUUGUAUCAUUAAGACACCUAGCGUCUAAAGAGGCUUAUUUAAGGGAAUUAUCAAUGUUAAUUGGUUAAUUUUUUAUUUACAUUUGUGUUGUUUGUUAAAUUUUUACAAGUAUUGUUUUUGAACUGGAAUUUAGAUUCGAAUGAAGGAGACUACUGGACUAUUGUCAACGGAGGAGAAUACUUAUGAGAGUAACCCGGAAAAAGAGCCUAUAACUAAAAAAGAGGCUUAUAAGGCUCUUCUCGCUGUUUCUUUUUCUUUUAUGCUCGUUUUUACUGCUACAAUAUCAGUAUUCGCAUUACAAAGCAGUAUAAAUGAGAUAGCUGAUUUGGGAGUUAUAGGUUUAACUACGAAUGGAGUUGGUAUUAUAGUUUCUUGCCUUUACGCUCCUAUUUUUGUUAAAAAGUUUGGAUGUAAGAGAUCACUACUAAUAAGUUUAACUUGCCAAACUGGAAUAGUUUUGGCUCAGUUCUAUCCUAGAAUAUAUACUCUUGUACCCGGAAAUAUUAUUUCUGGAUUUCUCUACGGACCCAUGUGGACUUCUCAAUCAGUUUAUAUUACAAUGAUUGCGAUUCGUUAUGCAAAUACUUAUAAGCUAGAUAAAGGCGAGAUUAUUAAUCAUUUUAAUGGGAUAUUUUGGGGAAUUUGUCUAACAAUGAAAUUAUGGGGGAAUUUGAUUUCCGGUUUUAUAUUGAAACCAUCUGGAGAGAACAUGUUGAAUGUUACAGAGUGCGGAAAAAAUUAUUGCCCUUAUAGUGUUCCAGAAGAAGUUUUAAGGCCUAAGAAGCCAUCUCCAUUUCAAAUAUAUACAAUUAUGUCAAUAUUUUUGGUUUUUGAUAUUUUAGCUAUUUGCACAACUGCAAUAUUCCUUAAAAAACAACAAUUAACUGUUAAGUUACGAGCAACGUCAUUUAAAUCUUCUGUAUUAUCAACUUUAAAGGCUCAUAAGAAUCUUCUAUUCAUUCUAAUUAUACCAGCAACUAUCUUUACAGCCUUUGAACAGGCUUUUAUGACUGUUGAAUAUGCUCAGUCUUUCGUUAAUUGUGCAAUAGGCCUAUCUUACGUUGGAUGGUUUAACGUUAUAUUAGGUAUCGGUAGUUCGAUAUCAUCAUUCCUUCUGCCUAAGGUAGUUAAAAGAGUUGGCCAAUUAACAAUAAUAUUUAUAGCAUUCUUCAUGAAUAUGGGAUUAUUAGUAUUUUUAUAUCUUUGGAAACCUGGACCAAAUUCGAAAGCAUUACUGUUAACAUUUCCAGCGUUAUGGGCUAUAACAGAUUCUGCUUGGCAAAAUACUCUACCAUCUUACCUAGGUCUACAUUUCUCUCAUAAUCAAGAAUCAAUAUUCGCUGCAUAUAGAUUAUGGCAAGGGGCCGGUUAUAUGUCCAACAACGGUUACAGCCCCUUCUUAUGUAUGAGCCAAAAGAUAAUUAUAUUAAUGUCUGUAUUAGUAUUAGCUCUUAUAGCUUUUACAACUUCAAAGAUGGUUAUUAGAUUUAGGUUAAAGAAGAUGAUAAGAUACAACGACUUGUAGAAGAAGUGUACAGUAAGAGAUACUGUACUUUUUUUGAUCUCCUCUCUCUUCUCCUGUCUCUUUUUAUCUCUCUAGGUUUUUUUCUAUCUGUUACUGUAAUUUCUUUAUCUUUUCUCUCCUUUGGAUUAUUUUUUACAUCAUCUAUUAAAAAGCAAAGAAAAAGUACUCAUACUGUAUAUUGAUAAAUCUGUUCAUACUUGAAUAUAUGUACAAUAUAUGAACAUGCUAUUCAUAUGUUACAAC